GAACACGCUGGAGGGAUUACAUAUCUCAUCUGGCUUGGGAAUGCCUUGGGAUCCCCCAGGAGGAGCUGGAAAACAUCGCUGUGGAGUGGGACAUCUGGAGUACUUUGCUCAGCCUGAUGUGCCUACGACCCCUCCCCUGGAGGGAAAUGUUUUAGAUGUGUAAUGAAUGGCUGAUUGACAGCAGAGGGCAGACUAGCACCAUGUCUACAUGUACAUGUCUACAAGUGUGAGAAAGAGAAGAGGAUAGGAUGGCAAAAACCAUGGACACUCCUGUCUUUGUGCCUGAGGAAGUCCCUGCAGCCAAGGUCGAACAUCUGGUGAAAAGCCUGAAAGAAGAAGAGUGGAGGAUGUUGUCGCAGAACAUUAAGACUAGAUCUUGCAAUGACCUUUUCAGCCGACAGUGGUGUCCACAUACUUUUAGCCACAUAUGUAUUUAGUGAAUUUGUCUGGUUUUCAAUGAAGAGACAAUUCAAUAACCAAAAGGGUCAUAGUGUGCCUUCAUGGUCAAUGUAUUGCAGAGGAAUCAGAGAAACUUCAAAUGCCAGUCUAUCCUUUAAAUCCUAUAACACAUUUUAUGUGUUUACACACAAUAAACAACAAUAAUGUUGACUUUCAAUCAAUGGUUUCAAAUGCGGACGUUAGCCCAAAACCUGCAAGCUGCAUGUGUUUCACACUUGCCAGAGUGGGGAGCUGGUGAAUAUAACAUUUGCUACAAGAUAAAAUUGAAUACAAGUUAAAGGGCCAAUCCAGCAAUCUAGUAGUGCACCUCCAUUAAGUACGCAGACUAAGGAAAGUGCAAUACUAUAUUAAAAAAAUACAAUACAAUAAUAAUGAUAAUAAUAUCUGAAAUUAAUAGAUUUAGACUCAGGUAUCCUCAAUACACUGAAUACUACAUUUCCCAUCAUGCAUCCCCCUGCCUUGAAAAUGUUUUACAACUACAUGGCCUCAGUCUGUAAUGCUCAUUCUCUACAAAAGAAGAUGUAGUCUACAAGCAAAAACCAACAUAACCCUGAUGACUUCACAGUGACAUCAUCAGGGUUAAUUUCUCAGACUUGACAAAUCUUUUCCAGACCUACAGGGAAAAGUUGUAAUACUUAAAUGUCAUUUUAGAAUGAUUUUAUUAAAUCAAAGAUGAAUAAUUAACUUUGCCUCUGUCACUCAGUUGUGUGCUAAGAAACACAGCGGCUCUGACAGUUUACCAUCUUCUUGAGCAUAUUUUUAUCCCCAAGAGCUACUGAGACCUUAAAGACGUUUCUAAUGCUAUAAACUGCUGUGGGCUCCACGCUGCACAGGAAAAGGAAGUACUGUCACCUAAAUCAUACAUAGCUGUUCAGUACAAUGCUCAGAAGGUCUCCGGCAAGACAACAUGGAAGUCGCAGCUCUCUGCAUCAGACUGUGUGAGUCUAUCUUCAUGUUUUAUUCUGAAAUUGAAUCAAAUCUAAAAAAGAUAUAUUGUUAUUAUCAGAUGAUAAUGAUAUUGAUAUUGAAAUAAGGCAGUGUUUUGCAGAUACACAGCUAACUGCUUAUUUACAUUUAGAACAUCUGAUCAGAGUGCAGAACAACAUGAUAAGAAUUACACAAUAUGUAUUCUUGUAUUUGGUAGCAGAGAGUAUCUGUACACAUUAAGACAUGUAUAUCUGAUACACUGCUCUCUUCUAUUGUCUCGCCAGUGGUGACUGUACUGUUGCUGCUCACUGCUCAGAGAGCUGGUGAGUUGAGGUUUGUUAAGCCACAGUGUAAACAUAGAGAUAGAAGAAGUAACAUUUAUGUUUGUUACCUAUGGGCUACACAAUGUUAGAAAAUGCAACACGUUUUCUUAAAGACUGGGUAUCGAACUGGGGAAGAGACCUCAUUUACUUAUUUUCUGUCACAGAUGCAGCUCUUCUUCACAUUAAUUCAAACAGACUGCAGUUCUUUGAAUAUGAAUCCAUCUCAUUAAACUGUGCUGGGUGUAAUGGCUCAACUGAUUGGAGAGUGAUGAAAAAGAUUCCCUCAAAUACUACUCAGUGGGAGACUUCGAAAGAGUCUUUGGUUAUUCAACUAACCUUUGUAACACACAGUGGAGAAUACUGGUGUGAAAAUGCAGGGGGGGAGAGAAGCAACACUCUCAACAUCACCGUCACUGCUGGUGAUGUGAUCCUGGAGAGUCCCGCUCUCCCUGUGAUGGCAGGACAAAGUGUCACUCUGCGCUGUAGAAAAAAGGCAACAACCUCCAACUCCCCAGCUGAUUUCUAUAAAGAUGGCCUCUUCAGUGAGACUGGAUAUGCAGGCGAGAUGACCAUUCAUAAUGUCUCCAUGUCCAGUGAAGGACUCUACAAGUGCAAAAUCUCUGGAGCUGGAGAAUCACCAGAGAGCUGGCUGGCUGUCAGAGAUUAUAUUGCUCCCGCCCCUGAAGCCACAACACCCCAAGAAGUUCACAAGUCCACUCCUCAUCCUCCCUACCAUGGCUCCAUUCAGCUCUCCACCCUGUUACUGGUUGUCUUCACCAUUUCGUGUGUGGCUGUGCUGCUGUCAGUAGUGGGACUGCUUCAGUGUAGGAAAUGCAAAGGCUGUCAAGAGGCAAAUGCAGUGGAUUACACAACAGAUGUCACGUACGCUGUUGUCACAACAAAGAGAAAGGAGAAAGCAUCUGCAGAGGCAGAUGUAGCUGAUCUGGGCAAUGUAACAUAUGCCACUGUGAAAAAAAGAUUGCUGGCAGCAGAAUCACCAAAUGACUCUACCGAGGAGGAAAGCCACUAAUUUACAUGCAUAUAUACAAAUUUAAGAAAUCAUCUACUAUAAAGGUGUAAUAUAACAUGGUAAACAAAAGCAACAUAA